CAGUGUGAGAGAAGUCGAGUCAAGGGAGAAAUCAAAGACAACACUUCACUUCACUUCACUUCCGUACAGCGCUGUAUUGCCAUGAUAGCUAUGAAGGAUCUCAAAGGAGUCGUUCUUUGGGCAAGUGUUGUCUGCAUCUGCAAUGCGAUUCCAAUAUUUCAGCCACAACUUGGAAUUGUUGCAAGCAACAGUAAUGAGAUCCUACGGCUUGGUGGUGUCACCCUCACUGGCAUUGGCGGACAGGGCACCGCCUUCAUGAACCCGUUUCUCCAGCCCAAUGUCAUCAUGCCACCGCAGGUGAUGAGCUUCAACCCGCAGUUCCCCGGUCCAUUCCUGCCCCAGCAGCAGGGCACCCCUGGGCUGCUGCCUAACCAGGUCAACCAGGGCCUCCCUUACCCCUACGCCCCGGCACAGCAGGAGCUGCCAACCGGACCUGUGGACCCAAAUACACAGCAGCUGCCUCAGAUCCCAGGACAGUUCGUGCCACAGUACUACCCGUCUAUGCCAUAUCCCCAAGGGCCAGGAGGACAGUAUCCAUAUUAUCCAUAUUAUGGCUACCCUCAGAGGAACACAGCUGUAGCGGUGCAGCCCAAUCCAAACAACAACCAGCAGAACAUUGAGAGGACUACCUUGAAACCCCAGCUGCCAAUACAGAACCCAGGAAAAGGAGGCGACGUCGUGAAAGCAACGCCCGCCCCAGAUAACAGAGGAGACCUGCCUGGCCCAGUGAUUGAGGAGGGUUACCCACGCUUUUCGUUUCUACCAUGAACUACAUGAAAGAGAAUGAAGAACGUCCACACCCAUGUUUUCCAUUUGUCUGAAGUUUAACUGUCCUAGUUGUAUGUUUAUGUGGUUUUUUUAAUAAAUUAUAUAAUCUGACAGUAGCUUCUUUGUCAAGGGGUGGUCAUUAAGCUGUAGAAUUUUUUAAAACAUAUUUGGAACUUUCAUUUGUGCUGUCUUACUUUAUAGCUGCUGUAAUGUGUCUCUUUUAUAAUGGAACAAAUAAAUUACUA